ACGUGUGGCACGACUCUGGGAAAGUCAUUUCAGGCAUGAUUUGAAGAUAGUAGUAUAUUUUUUUGUUUCUAAAACCCUAACACCAAAAACAAUCUCCAUCCCUCACAACUCCUCCGCAUGGCAUCUUUAGCUCUACCUGGAAGCUUUUUAGCUACCAGCAAACCUCGUGCUUGUAGAUAUGCUGCCGGAGACUCAAUUAUAAGAUGUAAUGUGGCAGAACCAUUAAGGUUUAACAAGGAGAAUGGGGAAUCAAGCAUGCCUCUUCAGAUUAAUGGCGACACUUCAUUUAACAAUCUUUGGAACGCUAAUCAAGUAAGAAGAUUUCCAGUUCCACGUGCUCAAAAUGAUACUAGACUCCGGAUUUUCUCUGGCACUGCCAAUCCUGCACUUUCUCAGGAAAUUGCUUGCUACAUGGGUUUGGAACUUGGAAAGAUAAUGAUAAAACGUUUUGCUGAUGGCGAAAUCUAUGUCCAGUUACAAGAGAGUGUUAGGGGUUGUGAUGUAUAUCUUGUCCAACCUACGUGUCCUCCUGCUAAUGAAAAUCUGAUGGAACUCUUGAUAAUGAUUGAUGCUUGCCGUAGAGCCUCUGCCAAAAAUAUUACUGCAGUGAUUCCGUACUUUGGGUAUGCCCGCGCUGAUCGUAAGACUCAAGGUCGUGAAUCAAUUGCUGCCAAACUUGUAGCAAAUCUGAUUACAGAAGCUGGUGCAGAUCGAGUUCUUGCUUGUGAUCUUCAUUCUGGCCAGUCAAUGGGUUACUUUGAUAUUCCAGUGGAUCAUGUACAUGGCCAGCCUGUCAUACUUGAUUACCUUGCCAGCAAGACUAUCUGCUCUGAUGACCUAGUUGUGGUAUCUCCGGAUGUUGGUGGGGUUGCAAGGGCUAGAGCUUUUGCCAAAAAGUUAUCUGAUGCACCUCUAGCUAUCGUGGAUAAAAGGCGUCAUGGGCACAAUGUUGCUGAGGUAAUGAAUUUGAUUGGCGAUGUUAGGGGAAAAGUGGCAGUUAUGGUUGAUGACAUGAUUGAUACGGCUGGUACUAUUGCAAAAGGAGCUGCCCUUUUACAUCAAGAAGGAGCCAGGGAAGUUUAUGCAUGCACCACUCAUGCGGUUUUCAGCCCUCCUGCGAUAGAGAGGUUGUCGAGUGGACUGUUUCAGGAGGUAAUUAUCACAAAUACCAUUCCGGUGGCAGAACAAAACUAUUUUCCCCAGCUGACCAUCUUGUCUGUUGCAAACCUCUUGGGCGAAACGAUUUGGCGUGUCCAUGAUGACUGUGCAGGCGGCUUUGAGCCUUACUCCGGCUUGGGAAUUGAUUAGUCCUUCCUGUUCAUUGCUUGUUUUGACACUGUUAUCUGGAUCUUGAAGCAGAAUUUUAUUGUUGUCUGGAACUUGAAGCAGUAUUUUUACUGUUGUCUGGAACUUGAAGCAGUAUGUAAAUCCACCAAAAUUUUCGUCCAGUAACAAAGAGCAUUUUCUGUUGUACAAAUAUUUUGUGCGGAAUGUUACGUUGUAAAUCUUUCAAUCAGUGACUUGGAUCCAUGUAGUAGAUGAGUUUUUUGAUUAAUAUGAAGCUUACUUGAAUUGCUAUUA